AUGCCUGAUUGGACGUGGUUGGUCGCUGCGGCGCUGUUUGGAGCGUUCAGCGCCCUUUCCGUGCCGCUAGUAGUGGUACUUUACUUCAUAAGACCCUUCGAGAAGAAACAACCCGUCGAAGAGGAAUUCACCAUACCUGUUACUUUACCUCCAGAAAUCCUUAAUGAGCUGACAAGAGGCGCGGGGAGUACACCUGAGGGUGCUUUAAACGCGAUGCUGCAGUUCAUCUUCCAACAAAGUACAGCUGAUACUCGCUGGCUGCGGAGACGAAUGGCCACUGAACUCUCUGAACUACUGGCUAAGACUUCUUCGGGAAAGAUAUUUGAAUCUCUAACGCUCCGUUCGUUGGAAGUGGGAACAGAGUUUCCCAGCAUCACAAACCUUCGUCUUGUAAAUGGUGACCUUGAAGACGAUGGUGCGAGGUUGAGAUCGUUAGACUUGAAGUUUGACCUCGCUUACGACGGCAGCUUCAGAAUAGAAGUAGACGCGAUCAUGUUACUAGGAAAAGUGGCUAACAUUUCUAUAACUGUCGAGAGUAUAAGUGGCAACGUCCGUGUAAUGUUUCGUCGGACUCCUUACACGCAUUGGGCUCUGGCUUUCGAAGCUCCUCCGCGACUAGAGCUUCGGGUUCGAGGACGGUUCCAAGGAAGACAGCUCAAGCCACGGCUAGCGGCACUGGUCGCUGCACAUAUACGACGAGCUGUAGCCCAAAGACACACACUACCAAACUACAAAAUACGGUAUAAACCGUUCUUCCCAAAAUCUGAGCCGGGCAGCGCAGACGGUGAAGACGGUCCAACGCCCCACGGUCGGCUGACUGUCAGACUGGUGGAAGUGACACGUCUACAUUGGACCGGUAACAAUGGAAACGUUCGCGCAGCACUAGCUGUGGACUCGCAUGGAUGGGUUUCACUUCGACGCGGCGUGCUCGUUCUGGACAUAGUAUUACCAGCAGUCAGUGGUCCACUUGGACUAGUCUGCUGUCAAGGGGUUGGAGCUGUGCUCGUUGACACAGUUGUGCCAAUGUCCCCUGCAUACAGAGCAGAUCUACGCCGCGAUGAUGUAGUACUAGCAAUUGAUAACAAACCUGUCAACAAUGUUGCACAGGUUGGAAAACUUCUACGCUACGUAGAACGUCGUGCGGUGACUGUUCGCGUUAAACGAGGCGGUUUAGUUGGAACAACCAGGAGGGAUGAGGAGCCCCGAAGACUUCGAACUAACUUCUCAUUCAGACGAGUUUCUGAGGUCAUGGAAGGUGUCCGUCUUCAAGGCAUGAGAGCUACAGUCUCUAAAAAUAACUUGACUGAAACCGAAUCACCUUCAAAGUCACCAGAACAAGCCAAUGAUACAGAGACUCCGGUAAAACAGAAAACAGAUCUGCCACGACCCGUUUCGAAAGCGUCAGAAGCUAUUGGACCUGCGAACUUUGGUUUGCGUAAACGUAGAUGUUCUGUGGAGAACAAGUCCUCGGAUAGUUCAGCAGGAAGUACGCCUCCAGCCUCUGGUGCUAGUACACCACUCCGCCAAGCUACUGCUAUAAACAAAACAGUCAAACAUCCAGAUAUACCUGUUAUAAGAACGGACUCUUCGGAGUGUAAAAUAUCAGAGAAGGCGGAAACAGAAGAAGAGGAACUAUUCGAAACGGGCGGCCCGAGACAGAGCGAGCACGUAGAAAUUUGUCAAAUGUUUUGGACAAAGAGCGUACAAAUAAAACCUAUCAUUCCAUUCGAUGAGGAAACAGAAUUCAAAUUGAACGAGAAUCACAAAUAUCUCAACAUAAACGUCUGGGCAACUGUACCGGGUGAGAAGGACGAAGUGCUGUUAGGAUAUCUGAAUAUUCCUCUAGCGGCGUUGUUGAGCGAAUGUCAAGACUCCACGGUUCCCCAUCACAUGAAGCGGUAUCAGUUCUUACCUCCGGACGUCGACAUCAAGUUCAGCAAAAGUCACAAGCUGUCAUCCCAUGCUGGUUUCGAGCCGUGUCUAUGUUUUGGAGACGCGUUAGUCUGGUGGGAGUGGGAGGGCAGCACCCCCCGCGCUCCCCGCCCGCGUCCCGCGCCUCCCCGAGCGCCACUCGCUAGAACUACCCACGACUUCGUACGCACUCACUUCCACAGAUCCACGCAAUGUGACUUCUGCAACAAGAAGAUCUGGCUCAAAGAUGCUAUGCAGUGCCGUAACUGUGGGCUGUGUUGCCACAAGAAAUGCGUCACCAAGUGUCAAGAAACAUCUCCCUGCGUACCUAGACAAGAUAAAGAACCACCCGGCAUAGGAUGUCCACCGCCGGAGCUCAUAAUGACCGAAGCAGACAACGUGGACCCGGACUCUGAAGAGGACGAAAAAUGUGAGAGAAAAGACUCGUUAGACGUUCAAGAAGACGGCGGUGGUCCAAUGAGUGCGCUGGUGGCUGGUCUACGACGUGCUGGUUCCGCUCACUCCUUGUCCGCGCCACGGAACAACGCUUCAUCACGAUCUUUACCACCAUCUCCAAGUCACACACCCAGAAAACAGUCCCUAGAGUCGGUGAACCCGUUCGCUGGUUGCGGAGCGACGUGGUUGUCCCGCGGCGGAGUCACCGCUAUGUUACAACCAGCCCUCCGCAGUGCUCUGCCCCCGGACGCCCUGCUGGCCGCUGCACGGGACUCCGCCCCAGACCUCGCUGCCCGACUCACGCCCGCGCAAAUACAUGAGAUGUUACAAGCUGUCCGCGAGGAGUUGUCUGCCAUGGACACGUGCGAGGAGGGUCCCGACGGCGGUGAGGGUCGAGCCUGCGCCCUCACUGCACUCAUGCUGCACUGCUGUGCUGCAGCACAAGUCGCGCAGCAACGCGCGGCCGAACAACUCAACACUUGA